AGGACAGCACUCGAUACAAAUUUGGGUGGCUUUGUGAGCCUGCUACGGCCGUUAAUUUUGGAUGUAAUGGGCCGAUCGGGUGAUGUGCCCAGUAAUGUGGCUCUACAUCGAAGGAGAGGGAAAACCCAACAAUCCGAUAAACGUGCCAGAUCUGUAAAGGACUUCUGUGAUGUAAAUGGUCCGGGAAAACGUAGCCAAGUGCCACCGACUUCGGUACAUCGCUUGAGGCCGGGGGAUAUCGACAUUAUUGCAGCUAUGGGUGAUUCCCUGACCGCCGGGAAUGGUGUAAUUGCCAAUAAUCUAAUGCAGGUUAUUCACGAGAAUCGUGGUGUGGUUUGGUCUAUUGGUGGUCAGGGUGACUGGAGGCAAUAUCUAACAUUACCCAAUCUGCUCAAGGAAUACAACCCCAAUUUGUAUGGCUACUCUCUGAAGGAUGGUUUAGGGCGGGAUAGGACAUCAAGAUUCAACGUUGCCGAAUUGGGCGCCAUGUCACGUGAUAUGCCCUACAUGGCCAAAGUAUUGGUGACCCGCUUGACGCACGAUCCCAAUGUGAAUAUGACCCAUCAUUGGAAAUUGAUAACCAUGCUGAUUGGUAAUAAUGAUUUUUGUUCCGAUGUUUGCUAUCUUGCCGAUCCAAUGAAAUCGAUUGACUACCACGAACAAAAUAUGUUGAAAACUUAUCGUUAUCUUAGGGAUAAUGUACCGAGGUUAAUGCUGAAUGUUGUACCGGCACCAAAUCUACUGUUGUUGACCAAAUUAAAAGGUUUACCGCCACAGUGUCAUAUAACGUUGCCAUUCGAAUGUCCCUGUAUUAUAGGAAAGACAAAGAAACGACAUGCCUAUAUGAAUAAAUUAAUGCAGAAAUGGAUAAGGAAGGAUUAUGAAAUAGCCAAUCGGGAGGAGUUUAAUAGUGAGACAUUCACCAUCAACAUUGAACACUUUACCAAAGAUUUUGUUUUCCCCACACUGCCAAAUGGCAACACCGAUACCUCGUACAGUUCCGAAGAUUGUUUUCACAUCAGCCAGAAGGGUCAUGCAGCAAGUGCCAAUUCCUAUUGGAAUAAUCUCUUCGAAAUGCCCAAUAACAAGUCAUCGUUUACGAAAAAUAUUUACGAUAAUUUCCUGUGUCCCACCGAAGAGCAUCCGUAUAUAAUAACUAGAGUUAAUAGUCGAUCCGAUUUUAAAAAUUAAAUCAUUAGAA